AUGGCUGCGUCCGUAACAGAGAAUGUUGACCACAUUGACGACACUGAUGAUACACCCAGCAAGUCUAAAUUGUCAGAUGCACAACGAGCGAAGAUCGAGCGAAAUCGGCAGCGUGCUCUUCUUCUACGACAAGCACGACUAGCAAGUCAACCGUACUCCAAAGGAAAACCUAUGAGAAGAGAUGGUAAGGCUGAAGUCUCUUCAGUCACUAGGUCAUCAGGUCAAGUUUUAGAUACUGGAGGUGGUUUUCUUUUAGAAGAAGAUCAGGAAGAUGAGGAUAAUAAAAUCAACAUUGUACAUGAACCAGCCCCCAUCAUAGAUGUGAAUAGACCAAGAUGUGAAGAUUGUGGCAAGCAGUUUUCAGACUCAUUUCUCUCAACACACUACAAUGUUGAAAUUUGUGACAUGUGCAGAGAUGAUGCAGACAAACAUAGUUUGAUUACAAAAACUGAUGCAAAGCAGCAAUAUUUAUUGAAAGACAGUGACUUGGACAAGCGAGAACCUAUUUUAAAAUUCUUAGUCCGGAAGAAUCCUCAUUCAGCUGGUUGGGGUGAAAUGAAACUGUAUCUUAAAUCCCAGGUUUUAUCUAGAGCACUGGAAAUUUGGAAAAGUGAAGAAAAUAUACAAGAAGAAAAAAAGAAACGGGUAGAAAAUAAAGAAAAAUUAAAACAGAAGAAAUUUGACAAGAAAAUGAAAGGUGAGUUAUAAUAAGUUUAU